AUGCAACAGCCCUAUUACCGACCUCCGGGACCCGGUGGCGGCCCUCACAGCCACGGAGCGUUCGACAUGCACGGCAUGGCGCAGAGCCUCCCACAAGCAGACUACCGGCAACAACAGCAGUACGGCGCCGCCGGAAACCGCGCCGGACCUCGCAGCUAUGCAAUGGGCCCCGGGGCUUCACUUAGCGCUCACUACAAUACGCACCCGGGCGGCCCGGCCCCAGCGCAACAAGGCUUUUACCUUCCGCAUCAGCCACCGAUGAUGGGGCAACACUACUACGGCACCGGCCAAGUUCCGACAACGGCGCCUCGACACGCUGGCGGCACCGGGGACUAUGGUUAUUACGCAGGCCAGUCACCGUCGUCGACAGGUUACUAUUACCGACACCCAGGCCAAUACGUCCACCAACCUCAGCACCAACACCACCAGCCAGUCGCUCACCCGCAAGGGGUGCUGCCCGGCGGCGGCAUCCCCGGCGGCGGCAUCCCCGGCGGCAGCGCGCCUGGAAUCUACGCGCCAGCGCCCAAUGCACCUAGGCGCCCGUCGCAGCCAGUCGUUGUCACCAGCAAACCUUUGGCAGAUGGCCUAAAAAGCUCGCCAAAUAUUGACAAAGCACCCCGUCCAGGCCAUGCGAUCUGGAUAGGCAAUCUACCACCGCAGACGAACCUCAUGAGCCUCGUACACCAUGUAUGCCAGCAAACAGACGGCCUCGAGUCGCUGUUCUUGAUUUCCAAGAGCAAUUGCGCGUUUGCCAACUACCCGGAUGAGGAGCGGAGUUUGGCGGCACAACAGAAGCUCAACGAUACGUCGUACAUGUCGGUGCGGCUUGUGAGCCGGCUGCGCAAAAACCCAGUGGAGGGUGUGCAAAGCAGUAUGUCCCCAACAAAGCCGACAGCAUUAUCGACCGGGCCAUCGACUGGAAGCUCGCCUCCACACGGCGACGAGAAAACAGCUGAUGAGGCAGAAGAAGCAAGCAGUGCGAAGACAGUGACUGUCGACGAACGCCGCUCUGACGAUGCACCAGCAGCGCCGAAAAAGCCACCUACGCAAACGAGUGUUAUAGUAGACGGUUCUGGAAAAUCCGGUGCAUCACGGAGACUAGCAGGCUAUGAAGCGGACCGUGCUGCUGCUGCCGCCAUCUCGACAAUCCCGACAAUCCCGACAACCACUAUAGUCUCGCUUGCGACUAAGAGCGACCGGUACUUUAUCCUAAAGAGCUUGACCGUGGAGGAUCUGGAGCUGAGCGUUCGAACGGGCAUUUGGGCAACACAAUCGCACAACGAGGAGACGCUGAACGAUGCCUUUAAGAAUGUCUACCUCGUGUUUUCAGCCAACAAGUCAGGCGAAUACUUUGGCUACGCACGCAUGACGUCCGAGAUCAACCAAGACCCCGCCGCCGCUAUUGCAUUUGCACCCACCUCCCAAACGUUUAGCGAAGUCGACCUUCCCAAGGCGAUCCCGACCGACGCAAUCGAGACGACUCCACGUGGCCGCAUUAUAGACGACUCGGCACGUGGCACCAUAUUCUGGGAGGCACAACGGGACGAUGAUGCCGACGAGGAGUCGGAAGACAAUAAGAAAGAGGAGGGCACCUACGGAGUAGACGGCGCAGAGUUUGUCGAUGGCGUCGAUGGCGUUGAUGGUGUCGAUGGCGUGGACACUGUGGACGGCGUCGACGGUACAGACAAAACAGGCGGCGCGGGCGGAGUCGACGGAGUCGACGGAGUCGACGGAGUCGACGGAGGCGUUCGCGCUGGUACAACAGAUGCAACAGAUGGAACCGACGGCGUCGACGGUGCGGAUGGUGAUGAUCCCAAGGUCUGGGGCAAGCCGUUCCAGCUCGAAUGGCUGUCGACGGCGCGCCUGCCCUUCUACCGCACUCGGGGCAUGCGCAACCCACUCAACGCCAACCGAGAGAUCAAGAUUGCACGAGACGGUACAGAGGUCGACCCAGCCAUUGGACGGAAGCUGACGAGCUUCUUUCACCAAAGCACCUUGAGCGCCUCCAACACAUAG